AUGAUCGUGUUGCUCUCUCUGGCGUUCCUCAUGCCGGCCUUCUACUACAUCCCCAAAGCUUCUGUGGCGGCUGUGAUCAUCUGUGUGGUGGCUCCCAUGGUGCAUUACGGUGUUAUCGGAGGAGUGGCUUUAUCUGGAGUCCUGCUGCUGUACAACACGGCCAGACCCCAGAUAAAGGCAAAUUUCACAGAGAGGUUUUGCAGCAUCUACUGGAUUUCCACUCACUCUCUCAAGCAAGGCAUGGACUGCAUCAGUAAUAAUGGGGUCGCCCGCUGCGCUGACCCCUGUGAGCUCUACACUGAGCUGCACAAUGACUGGCGGUCGACAGAUAACAAAAUGAAUCUGAACCCACGCUGUGACAGAGAUGUUAACUGGCAAGGCUGGUAUCGUCUGUUCCUGAAUCAAACCAGUGCCCACGUUCCUGAGAGUUCACACACCAUCAACGUCAAACUCUGCAACGGAAACUACUACGUCUACAAACUGGUGAAGCCGAUGUCAUGCGCUCUUGCCUAUUGUGCAGAGGUGAACAGAACAGAUGUUGUAGUUCCUUUGACCACUCCUGGUCCAGGACAGCAAGGCACCCCUCAAACAGCAGCAGUGCACCACACUACAGAUUCAACAACCACAUCUGAUCCAGGAUAUCAGACCUUCACCUCUGCUGCACCCACAUCUGACACCUCUGGAACAAUAGCAGCAGUGCCCCACACCACAGUAUUACAGGCCACACUUUCUUCCCCCUAUGCAACGCUCACAUCUGGCACUCCUGGAACAUCACCAGUGGAAAACAGCACAGGAGUGGAGGGACAGGUCCGCCUGGCCAAUGGAGGAAACAGCUCCUGCUCUGGCAGAGUAGAGAUCUUCCUCCGUGGACAGUGGGGGACGGUGUGUGAUGACCACUGGGACCUGGUUGAUGCUCAGGUGGUGUGCAGACAGCUGGGUUGUGGCAGGGUCCUGUCAGCACCACAAAGUGCACGGUUUGGACAGGGCAGUGGACCCAUCUGGUUGGACGAUGUUGUUUGCUCCGGCAGCGAAUCAACGCUGACCGAGUGCCGGCACCGUGGGAUUGGAUCUCACAACUGUCAACACAGUGAGGAUGCUGGUGUCGUCUGUGAAGCUGCUUCACCAGUGAGGCUGGUCAACUCUGACAACCGCUGCUCUGGCAGAGUGGAGAUCUACCAUGCUGGACAGUGGGGGACAGUGUGUGACGAUUCCUGGGACCUGAAUGAUGCCAAUGUUGUUUGCAGACAGCUGGGCUGUGGCAGGGCUCGUUCAGCACUGCAAAAUGCUGCUUUUGGACCGGGCAGUGGACCCAUCUGGUUGGACGACGUCAUUUGUUCAGGAAGGGAGCCAUCGAUAACAGACUGCAGACAUCAAGGGUUCGGGGUCCACAACUGUGGACAUAAUGAAGAUGCCAGCAUCAUCUGUUACAUUCAACCAGGACCAAACUCCACAGUUUCACCAACCACAGCUGAUCCAGGAUCUCAGACUUUCACCUCUGCUUCACUCACAUCUGGCACCCCUGGAACAACAGCAGUGGACAACACCACAGGAGUCGAGGGACAGGUCCGCCUGGCCAAUGGAGGAAACAGCUCCUGCUCUGGCAGAGUAGAGAUCUUCCUCCGUGGACAGUGGGGGACGGUGUGUGAUGACCACUGGGACCUGGUUGAUGCUCAGGUGGUGUGCAGACAGCUGGGUUGUGGCAGGGUCCUGUCAGCACCACAAAGUGCACGGUAUGGACAGGGCAGUGGACCCAUCUGGUUGGACGAUGUUGUUUGCUCCGGCAGCGAAUCAAAGCUGACCGAGUGCCGGCACCGUGGGAUUGGAUCUCACGAUUGUGGUCACAGUGAGGAUGCUGGUGUCGUCUGUGAAGCUGUUUCACCAGUGAGGCUGGUCAACUCUGACAACCGCUGCUCUGGCAGAGUGGAGAUCUACCAUGCUGGACAGUGGGGGACAGUGUGUGACGAUUCCUGGGAUCUGAAUGAUGCCAAUGUGGUGUGCAGACAGCUGGGCUGUGGCAGGGCUCGUUCAGCACUGCAAAAUGCUACUUUUGGACCGGGCAGUGGACCCAUCUGGUUGGACGACGUCAUUUGUUCAGGAAGGGAGCCAUCGAUAACAGACUGCAGACAUCCAGGGUUCGGGGUCCACAACUGUGGACAUAAUGAAGAUGCCAGCAUCAUCUGUUACAUUCAACCAGGACCAAACUCCACAGUUUCACCAACCACAGCUGAUCCAGGAUCUCAGACUUUCACCUCUGCUUCACUCACAUCUGGCACCCCUGGAACAACAGCAGUGGACAACACCACAGGAAUCGAGGGACAGGUCCGCCUGGCCAAUGGAGGAAACAGCUCCUGCUCUGGCAGAGUAGAGAUCUUCCUCCGUGGACAGUGGGGGACGGUGUGUGAUGACCACUGGGACCUGGUUGAUGCUCAGGUGGUGUGCAGACAGCUGGGUUGUGGCAGGGUCCUGUCAGCACCACAAAGUGCACGGUUUGGACAGGGCAGUGGACCCAUCUGGUUGGACGAUGUUGUUUGCUCCGGCAGCGAAUCAAAGCUGACCGAGUGCCGGCACCGUGGGAUUGGAACUCACGAUUGUGGUCACAGUGAGGAUGCUGGUGUCGUCUGUGAAGCUGUUUCACCAGUGAGGCUGGUCAACUCUGACAACCGCUGCUCUGGCAGAGUGGAGAUCUACCAUGCUGGACAGUGGGGGACAGUGUGUGACGAUUCCUGGGACCUGAACGAUGCCAAUGUGGUGUGCAGACAGCUGGGCUGUGGCAGGGCUCGUUCAGCACUGCAAAAUGCUGCUUUUGGACAGGGCAGUGGACCCAUCUGGUUGGACGACGUCAUUUGUUCCGGAAGGGAGCCAUCGAUAACAGACUGCAGACAUCAAGGGUUCGGGGUCCACAACUGUGGACAUAAUGAAGAUGCCAGCAUCAUCUGUGACAUUCAACCAGGACCAAACUCCACAGUUUCACCAACCACAGCUGAUCCAGGAUCUCAGACUUUCACCACUGCUUCGCUCACAUCUGGCACCCCUGGAACAACAGCAGUGGACAACACCACAGGAGUCGAGGGACAGGUCCGCCUGGCCAAUGGAGGAAACAGCUCCUGCUCUGGCAGAGUAGAGAUCUUCCUCCGUGGACAGUGGGGGACGGUGUGUGAUGACCACUGGGACCUGGUUGAUGCUCAGGUGGUGUGCAGACAGCUGGGUUGUGGCAGGGUCCUGUCAGCACCACAAAGUGCACGGUUUGGACAGGGCAGUGGACCCAUCUGGUUGGACGAUGUUGUUUGCUCCGGCAGCGAAUCAAAGCUGACCGAGUGCCGGCACCGUGGGAUUGGAUCUCACGAUUGUGGUCACAGUGAGGAUGCUGGUGUCGUCUGUGAAGCUGUUUCACCAGUGAGGCUGGUCAACUCUGACAACCGCUGCUCUGGCAGAGUGGAGAUCUACCAUGCUGGACAGUGGGGGACAGUGUGUGACGAUUCCUGGGACCUGAACGAUGCCAAUGUGGUGUGCAGACAGCUGGGCUGUGGCAGGGCUCGUUCAGCAAUGCAAAAUGCUGCUUUUGGACCGGGCAGUGGACCCAUCUGGUUGGACGACGUCAUUUGUUCAGGAAGGGAGCCAUCGAUAACAGACUGCAGACAUCCAGGGUUCGGGGUCCACAACUGUGGACAUAAUGAAGAUGCCAGCAUCAUCUGUGACAGAUCUCAGACCUUCACCUCUGCUUCGCUCACAUCUGGCACCCCUGGAACAACAACAGUGGUCAACAGCACAGGAGUCGAGGGACAGGUCCGCCUGGCCAAUGGAGGAAACAGCUCCUGCUCUGGCAGAGUAGAGAUCUUCCUCCGUGGACAAUGGGGGACGGUGUGUGAUGACCACUGGGACCUGGUUGAUGCUCAGGUGGUGUGCAGACAGCUGGGUUGUGGCAGGGUCCUGUCAGCACCACAAAGUGCACGGUAUGGACAGGGCAGUGGACCCAUCUGGUUGGACGAUGUUGUUUGCUCCGGCAGCGAAUCAAAGCUGACCGAGUGCCGGCACCGUGGGAUUGGAUCUCACAACUGUGGUCACAGUGAGGAUAGUGGCGUCCUCUGUGAAGCUGCUUCACCAGUGAGGCUGGUCAACUCUGACAACCGCUGCUCUGGCAGAGUGGAGAUCUACCAUGCUGGACAGUGGGGGACAGUGUGUGACGAUUCCUGGGACCUGAACGAUGCCAAUGUGGUGUGCAGACAGCUGGGCUGUGGCAGGGCUCGUUCAGCACUGCAAAAUGCUACUUUUGGACCGGGCAUUGGACCCAUCUGGUUGGACGACGUCAUUUGUUCAGGAAGGGAGCCAUCGAUAACAGACUGCAGACAUCCAGGGUUCGGGGUCCACAACUGUGGACAUAAUGAAGAUGCAAGCGUUCUCUGUGAAUUCCAGCGCCCUCCACUCCAGCAUCCUCAGCUCAUCUGUGGACAUGAUAAAAUCCAAAUAGGGCUAAAUAUGGCUGCCAUAACUUCCAUGGGUUUGAACCCACUCUCCGGAAACCUGGCAGUUCGCAACUGCUCCUGGGUCAGAAUGCAUAAUGAUGUAGUUUGGUACGAGGUGGACGCUCAGGCAGGUGCAUGUGGAAACACACUGACGACCAACCGUACACACGCCAUCUACUCCAACAGUUUAUAUCUCUACCGAGGAAAUGUGUCCUUCUCACGUCCUGUGAGUCUUCCCUUCUCCUGUGCGUAUCCCCUCGACACAGACACCAGCAUGAAUGUGGCAAUCAGACCCGUGCUGCCAACUGCAGUUGGCCUCUCAGGCUUAGGUAGCAAAGCUCGAGCCUCCAUGUCUCUGUUCCGCACCUCCAGCUUCACUCAGCCUUAUCCAUCUGGCUUGAUCACGCUCCCUGUGGGCUCACCUCUGCAUGUGGGCGUCUCUGUAUUAGUCAGAGACCCAAGCUUUGUAGUUGUCCUGGAGAACUGCUACGCCUCUGACUCAUCAAACUCCAAUGAUACUGCACGAUACUUUUUCAUCCAGAACAAGUGCCCCACUGACCGACAACAAGUGGCAGUGAUCGAGAGCGGCUCAUCCCGACAGGCUCGUUUCUCCGCCCUGUUUUUCCUGAUCAAUAGUGAAAACAGUGACAUUUACCUCCACUGCAGCCUCAGCCUGUGUGACCAGAGGAGCUCCCGCUGUGCCCCAUCUUGCAGAAGAAGGACAUCUCGCUCUGUUUCCAGCUCUGCUACUCUGAAGCCCCUCACCAUUGGACCAAUCUCUUGGUACAAGUCACCUGAGUGAGCUGGUAACAUAUAGUAA